UCGUCCCAUUGCCACUAUGGAGCGGCUGAGAUGACCAUUUUAGCUAAAACCGUUCAUUGAUUUUUUACUUUUUCACGAAAAAACGGGAACAUGACCGAGGGAGUGUACCGGCAGGAUAUCCGGAGGUCGCAGUCAAUGUUUUUAAAUCUGGAGCUAUAAUGUAACGGCUCUGAACAAUUCGGCACACAGAUGUGACCAGCUGGGGAGAAAGACGCCGUUAAUCUGGGAUAACGUUAAUUGUCUAGCGGUAUCAUCGUGGAUUUUAUUACACCCUUUACAUGUAUUGAGUGUACAUAUGUGGGUGUGUGUAUAUAUAUAUAUAUAUAUAUAUAUAUAUAUAUAUAUAUAUAUAUAGUUAAAUGAAUAACGUGAACCAUGAGCAGUAUGAAGGACACACCGACGAUCCGCCAGCAGAGCUCGGAGAAUAACUCUGUCAGCAGUAGUGAAUGGGACAUGGCAAACGAUGUGUUUGUGUCCGGCUACGACGACACUCCGGUGGGAGACGUGGCCGCUGCCGGGGACGGGAACCCGGCGCAGCCCGGUUUGGACAGACACCUGCCUCUGUUAAGGCGGGACUCGCGUCGGUUAUCUCAGGAUGGCAUGAUGCUGGGCCUGGCUGGAGAGGAAUAUACGGGCUCAUCGUAUCUUUCCAUCGACCCGAACUACACCGAAAGUGACGGGAAUGUGACUGCCAAGAAGCGCAUACGGUCCAACAGCUCUAGGCACCGCGGAGAGGUCGUCGCGGAGCUGGGGCCGGAGGAGGUCCGGUGGUUUUACAAAGAGGACAAGCGGACGUGGAAGCCAUUCGUCGGACACGACUCUUUAAAAAUCGAGAUCGUCUAUCGGAGAUUCUGUGAGCAAAACCCCGACAAGGUCAAACGCCCUGUCGAACCCGGCGAGGCCGAGGGGAAGGAGGCAUCCAGGUCCGGCGACAGUGGGGCGCUGGACAGUGGAAGUGUCCGGGCGGAGUCGGCGGUGCAGCGGGGCGGGGGGCAACGGCGCUCGGUGUCAGAGGAGAUGAAGGACCCGGACGACAUGAGCAACAGCGUGGAGGCAGUGUGUGUCAGAGGGGGGCUGUACGAAGUGGAUAUAAGGGAGAAGGAGUGCUACCCUGUUUACUGGAACCAGCAAGACCGCAUUCCUGUGAUGAGGGGUCAGUGGUUCGUUGAUGGAACGUGGCUUCCCCUGGAGGAGGAUGAGAGUGACCUCAUUGAGAUGGAGCACCUCGCCCGUUUCCGAGGGCAACAGAUGAGGGACACCUACGAGAUGGAGAUGGUGACCACCACAGUGGACAGCAAGGAUGCCAUCCACAGCCUGAAGCUGAGCAGAAGUCAUGUGGACUGGCACAGUGUGGAUGAGGUGUACCUGUACAGUGACGCCACCACCUCCAAGAUUGCACGCACCGUUACUCAGAAACUGGGCUUCUCUAAAGCCUCCAGCAGCGGGACGCGUCUCCAUCGGGGAUACGUGGAGGAAGCAGCACCUGAGGACACCCCACCUGAAACCACACACAUCGUCUUCGUGGUGCAUGGCAUCGGCCAAAAGAUGGACCAGGGACGCAUCAUCAGGAAUACCAGCAUGAUGAGAGACGCUGCCAGAAAGAUGGAGGAGAAGCAUUUCUCUGAUCGCACCACGGAGCAUGUUGAGUUCCUUCCUGUGGAGUGGAGGUCAAAACUGGCUCUGGAUGGAGACACUGUGGAUUCCAUCACCCCAGACAAAGUGCGAGGUCUCAGAGACAUGUUGAACAGCAGCGCCAUGGACAUCAUGUACUACACCAGCCCUCUGUAUAGAGAUGAGAUUACCAGGGGUUUGACUCUGGAGCUGAAUCGUCUGUACUCACUCUUCUGCUCACGGAAUCCAGACUUUGAGAAAAACGGGAAGGUGUCCAUAGUGUCGCACUCGCUGGGUUGCGUCAUCACCUUCGACAUCAUGACAGGCUGGGACCCCGUCCGCUUUCAUCAUCAAGAGGCGCCAGACCCGGAAGAGACAAAGGUCCGCUGGCCGAGUGAUGAGGAGCGCCACCUUCAGGAGCAGCUGAGACUCACACGCCUCAGGUUGAGAGAUUUGGAGGAUCAGUUCCAGGGUCUGCAGACAUCGUCUUGUGUUGCAGUUCCACCCUUGAAAUUCAAGGUAGAAAAUUUCUUCUGCAUGGGCUCUCCUCUGGCUGUUUUCUUGGCAUUAAGAGGGAUCCGGCCUGGAAACAACGGUGCGCAGGACCACAUCCUUCCCACUUCUAUCUGCAAACGCCUCUUCAACAUAUUCCAUCCCACAGACCCUGUGGCAUACAGAUUGGAGCCUCUUAUCUUAAAGCACUACAGUAACAUUGCACCUGUUCAAAUCCACUGGUAUAACACCACCAGCCCGACACCGUACGAUCAGAUCCGGCCCACGUUGCUCAACCUCCCAAAGGAGACCACAUCUGUCUCAGAUUCAGAGAGCAUCCCCAGCCCCUGCACAUCUCCCCCACAGGCCCGACGGCACUACGGGGAGUCCAUCACCAGCCUGGGCAAGGCCAGCAUCAUGGGUGCUGCAAGUCUUGGAAAGGGAAUCGGAGGAAUCCUGUUUUCCCGCUUUUCCCGUUCCAGUGGCCAGGUGGGCGGAGUGGAGGAAGAGCCAUCAGAUUCUGAGGGUGGAGUCUCUGAAGUGGAAAACGUGGCAUCAGGAGAGGAAGGAGCAUCGGUCGCUGAGAUCGAUGAAAAGGACAAAGAAAUAGAGGAAGAGAGGCAGGAGGUGGAGCCUGCCAUGUCCCAGUCCACCUCAGCUGUCAUGGACAGCACCUCGUUGGAACUGGAGAGACGCAUCGACUUUGAGCUGCGGGAGGGCUUGGUGGAGAGUCGCUACUGGUCAGCAGUGACCUCACACACGGCCUAUUGGUGCUCUUAUGAUGUGGCUUUGUUCCUUCUCACCUUCAUGUACAAACCACAAGAGGCUCUUGAACCUGCAGAAGACAACCCAGACACCUCAUAAGUGCAAACUGAAACAUCAUGGGUCAACUCACUUUCCAUUUACGCCUUUUGAAAUAUAAACUGAAAUCCUAGUUUAUGGACAUGAAACACAUGUCCAUAAACACACAAAAGAGACUUCAUUCUUCAUUUUCUAAUUUCUUAAUAAUUCUGUGCUUUACACAAAUUUUGAAAUGUGAAAUAUUAUAGUAUUUAAUAAAUACAUAAAUGUAGUUUUUGGAAAUGUAAAAUAUUACAAUACUAAUUCUUAUUUUAAAUUAUUUACCAUUUUGUUUGAUCAAAUACUGAGGGAUGAAACUUCAUUAUUUGCUAUUAUUAGUUUAUCUGAUUGGAAGAAGGUUUGAAAAUUUUAAAAUAGUCGGUCCCUGACUUCAUAUGUACCAACAGUGCAAAUUAAAACCACUGUUGGAAUUGAGUGAAUUGAAAAUGAAUUGACCCAACAGACACAAUCACAAGUCACUUACCUGUUUUCCACACUAUAUCUAAUUUCCUCCCAGUUUACACACUAACCUCGCUGUGACCUUGGACCCGUACCCAGCCCUUAAAGCCUGUCCUCUGUUUCCUGUGAAGCAUCCUGCUGUGUUCAGCUGCAGCAGUGACAUCCUGCUGUUACAUGACUGACCACGAAUCUCUGUCGAUGUGCUGAUGAAGCUGUAGCCAUAGAGAGAGCCCCAGUGCUUGUUCCAGGUCCAAUCCUUUCUUAUAAUCAAAUGCCUCAGAUAUGAACACACAAACCACAUGUGACCAUGUUAGGUCACGUUUGAGAGAAGGCUAAAGGGCAUACUUUCCAAUGCAAUGCACUACACUGAAUCUUACCUGCUGAACACUUUACGGAUGGUUAGGAUCAGGUAAGUAUCUGAGUUAAAGCAGCGAACCAUGUGCACAAGCAAUUGGUUUUACACACUCACUUUUUCAAACACUACUGUUCAUUAAACAGAUUCUGAUUCUGGCACAUGACUAGCAUCGCUUUUGUCUUUUUAGCUGUAAACAGAUCGAUGCAUCCUCAGCACUGAGGAGCUUUAGGGCAGUGCUCGCAGCCAUGUUCCUCUGAAUGACUCGAUGACACAGAAUACUGCAACAAACAACGUGCUAAGCAUAAAUGCCUAUGCGCAUGCUCAUAGUUGUACAAACAAAGCAUAACGGCGCAGUCCAGGAAAUUACCUCAUUGCUUCCCAGGAACAGGCCAGCUCUGCACCCUGCAUUGACAUUGACACCUGGUUGCUGCUCGUGUAACGUGUUCACCUUCUUGGCCUAACCAGGUGCAUGUAAACAUAAUGAGUAAUGCUCCAUGUUGUGGCUACAUGAGCACACCUGGACUUCCCAGAAUUAGUAUUAUAAGCUACAAGACCAUUGCAGCAUUGCUUCUGAAGGAGGAUGCACUUUAUGAAGGGACCACUUCAUGGCCAGUAUGGAGAGGAGGAGUGAUGACAGCCAAACGGUCAGAACCUAUAAAAAAAAAAGCAGUGAAUAGAGCUCUAACUCUCAUAUCAACCCAUGUGGUAUCAUAAUGUUUACUUAGACUGAACUGUUAAAGGACAUAGCACUGAUGUUUAAGUGAUAAAAAACUGGUGGCCAAAUAUUUGUGAGUUGCCAACAGACAGCUGUUCUUGUAGCUCUUACUGCUCUUACUUAUUGUAAGAUGAUGAUGCUGACUGCAAUCUCAGUCCAAAAUGCUUCUACUGCAGUAUGCUAUACUGCACAUGAUUGAACAUUUUUCUGCAUUUUGUACUGAGACAGCUAGCCAAAUGAUCAGUCUGUAAGAGGAGUCAAACAGUAAGAAUCAGAUAAAUUUCAAUAAAGCAACAGGUUCAAAGUAUUUUGUAGUGUUUCCUAACACUAAUGUUUGUUAAUACUGUGACACAGGCUGUAUAUCCAUUAAGAAAAGAGAGAGUAUUUUUUUAACCAAUUAAAAAAAGCAUGAUUAUAGGCUUUGAUUUCUUUUUGAUUUCUUUUGAUUUAUCUCAGACGUGAAGACACAACCAUGCAGACCAACAUUUAGAACCUGCUGGUUGUACAAGGCAAUCAUUUUAAUUAAGGGUGUAACGAGACACUUAGCUCAUGAGACAAGACAUGAUCAUGAUCACGAGAUCAAGACAAGAUUUUAACAAAAAUUUCAAGAAAUCUUCAGUGCAGAAUUAUACAGUAUUCUGUGCCACGCAUGGGCCUCUCUCAGGUCCGCAAAUUGGGUAUAUAAUACCGGUGAAACCAGAGAUCUGCUCCACUUUUUUCUUCAGCGCUGCAUAGCAGUCACUUCGAGAGAGCAGAGUAGCGUUAGAGCAAUUUCUCGUACACGAGCACAUCAUGGUUUCCAGCGAUGAUUCAGCUGCUGUCAGGGAAACCGUGGCAGCUUCCGUGGCGCAGAGACGCGCUCUCACAGCUGGAUGGCUCCAUCCUUCACUUCCCAGUGAUAGGUCAGCGUUUGUGGGCCUGAACGGGAGCGCCUUGAAAGACUAGGAUUGUCCCCUAAUGUAGUGCGCACCAUCCAAGGCGCUAGAGUUCCAUCCACUACUGCUUCUUAUAGAACAAAGUGGUCCGCUUUUCAGCACUGGUGCGUGGAAAGAGACCCCGUCUCGUGUCCCUUAUCUCAUGUUCUGUCCUUCCUCCAGCUGCUGGUAGACAGAAGAGCCGUGCUGGCGCACUCGACAAGAGCCAUGUCAUCCUCCACAGCGCUGUUCAGCGGGAUGGCUGUGGAAGAUAUUUGCACAGCGGCAUCAUGGGCUUCACCCUGCCUCUUCAUCCAUUUCUAUCUAAGUGAUGCAUCUGGGUUUUCCCUAACGCACUCGGUACUGAAUGUUCUGGAGACCAGGUGCGACGCUGCUGGCUCAGGGCACAUUACGCACACAUAGGCUUCCCUGUAAAGGAGCUGGUAAAGGCUCCUCUUGCCAUGGGCUGUUGGGGCUCUCCUCAGUCUUAGUUGCGCUCCAGUUGGACUACCACAAUGCAUAACAACCGUCCUUACUGUUCCCUCAACAUAAGCCUGCAGUGUUCGUCUGUGUGUGCUUUUACUCUGGGCGCUCUCGUUGCUGUGUCGUGUGUGUGUGUUGUUCCACUCUCGCACCUGCUCUGCUUAUUUUUGGGACUGGUUACAAUACGUAACUCUCGUUGUAAUUCCCUCACAGCAGCAGGUGUAAGGAAUGUGAGUGAUCUGUUCAGCCAUCCUGUUAUCUGGUUUAACACGGAUGGCAAUCACCGUGUAUCGCAGUUUCUGUUGUCGCCUUCCGUACUGGAGGUUCCUGGUUUGAGACCAGACAGAAACAAUGAUCUAUAUUUUGGUCUCUUAUCAUAUCAUUGUGUGAUUAGGGUGCUACACACUGGUGUGUUAAUGCUUAUGACUGCUGGUGGUGGGCAUUGACUACAUCUGGCUUCGCCCUUAUCCCAAUAGCGACAGCUCAACAAAACAGUUGGUUACGUAUUGUAACCCCAGAUUCUAUGAGUACAGGCGUAGCCCUCUAAGCUGUGGGCCGAAUGGUCCCACCAGCGUCGGCAGAAUUAAAAAAGCUGACCUAUUGGGAGCAGGUCUCGCCGGUAUUAUAUACACAAUUUGUGGACCUGGGAGAGGCCCGUGCACGGCACAUGGGCACGAAAGAAAUCUUCAGGACUGCACAUGCGCACGGGGAUGAACCCAAUAGCGACAGCUCUUAGAGGGCUACGCCUAAACUCAUAGUUACAAUACGUAACCAACAAUAGGUCUCCUUUAAUAUAAAAACAGACACCUCCACCUUUUGUUUUGCUGGAGAGUUCUGUGUCGAGUCCACUCUGUAGAGUUGGAAGCCAGCCAGCUGCAGCGUGGAGUCCGUGAAGCACAGAACAGAAGAUGAAUAAAAGUUUUUCCCCACCAGAAGCUGAAGUUCAUCCAGUUUGUUGCACAGUGGGCGUACUUUGCAGAGAAAUAUUGUCGGUAGCGGUGUGCGGAGUCCCCUCCGGCGGAGAUGCACGAGCGACCUGGCUCUUUUUCCUCUCCUGCGGCGCUUCACCGCCCGAACAACAGCAAGAGUGCCCUUCACCAAAAUGUUCAAUAAUUCCACUGAUGAUGCAAGAAAAGUGGGAAAUAGAUCCACUGGAGUUGUUCCCUGAUGUUCAUGAGCUCCGGGAAUCACAGCCAAAAACUGAAUUAACACAAAAACAAAACAAAACAAAGCGCACCAAACACCAAGGCAGCUAUAUGCAGUGCCAUCUUAGUUAGUUAGUUACUACCUACCCUAUACUGAUGAUGUGCAUAACGUUUUUGCUCCGCUAGUAAUAUCCCCUUCAGACCGUUUCACCAACACAGUUUGGGACUGCAUGUUGCAUGUGAAAUCAUAACUAACCGACAACACUUGUGAUCAGGCAGAAAUCUCACCACAAAUCCCCACAUGUCAACUUCAGCAGCUCUGAUAAAGUGCAGCUCACAGUCCCAAACACAGCAAGGUUACGCUUCAGUUUUAGAUGUUCAAAUUGCAAAAUUCUACCAGCCACAUUACCACUCGGUCACACACUGUCUGGACUCACAGCACAAGUACACUUGUUUACUGUCACGGUGUACGCCGAUGUUGCAUCAGCUGGGCGGAGUUGAUUAGCUCUGCGAGUUGACGUUAUCAGUCAUACAUUUGUUUUUCACUGUGUAAGAAAAUCAAUGUGUGGGGGGACAGCAUCUGAACAAUGUCAAUUGCUUGUGUCUCGCAUGACAACUUUUAACCUGAGAAAUCUCUUGAAGCAAGAUCUCAUCACACCCCUAAUGGCUACUAGUAUAAGUCGGCACAUCUUUUUCUGCACGUUAUCAAAGUCACAGUACUUUUUAUAUUGGCACUAAAAGAUGUCAUUACAAAUAUACAUAAUAAGUAGCAUAAUGACUCUCUCUGAACCUAUAUGAAUGAUGCAUAAUGUUGCCUACGACUGUAAAUCAUAGGGACUGCGUUGCAUUAGGAUUAGGACUUUCUAAUGUCUGCUGCACUGGGGGGAAGCCUGGUCACUGACAAUUACUACUCGUGUCUGCUUAGUGGCUUGUGGUAAUUUGCCCUCUGGUCUAACAAGAAUUGUGUUCUCACUACUGUCUGUCUACAUUUACAUGCCCUUCUGAUUAAUGUCUUAGGAAUAAAUGAAAAUCUACUUCCUGUGGAGCAGGUUUAGGUUUACCAUCAUCUGUACCAUAUGUAAGCAACAUGAACACACGCUGUAGAGAGUCCUUGUUAGCACGCCCUACUGAGAACAGAGGUGGUGAUGUGUACUCCACCCAGCUGCAUUUCUCUAUAACAUAUUGAAAAUGAAAUCACGACGUUCUGUAGAUCAAUAUAUGUCUAGUCUUUCAUGUCACAUUCAGUGGUAUAGAGGAUAGUGACUGUGAUUGGAGAGGACAAUAUACUGUUUACUUUUUGUGUUGAAAUGGUUUUGUAAAGUGCCAUUUUUUUCAGUUUCUCAUUUUGGUGAAUGAAACUAUUCAAAUGUUAUCUGCAGCUGAUCAGUGUGAUCUAGGAAUGAUUGGAAGGUCUGCUUACUUAAUUGAGUGAAAGUAAAUGACCUGAGUCGUGCUUUGCACACAUCAUCCUCCCCCGUUCUACCCUUGCUGUACUGUUCCUUCUUGGAUGAGUUGGUGCUUUACCUUUGAUUUUUCUUUAAAAUAAAGAGGACCUACACCUCUC